AUGUAUACGAACAUUAUCUCUGUGCUCGCCCUGGCUGGCGCUGCUCAGGCCCACAUGUCGAUGUACUACCCGGCUCCCUUAGGAGGAGCCCCUGCCAUCAACAAGCAAUCAACGGAGCUUGACCCCGAGUUCAACUUCCCGCUUGGUUGCUGUGGACCUGACGGUGGUGACAGCAGGCCCUCUCCUGGUAUUUGCCGCGGUCACCUUGACAAGUUCGACACUGAGGAUGCUACUGUCACCUGGCAGCCUGGACAAGACGCUUACUUCCAACUGACAAACUAUGACUACGACCCAGCGGCGCCUGGUGGUACCCACUAUGGAGGAUCUUGCCAGGUCGGUUUCUCGACCGACAAGGGCAAGACAUGGAAGAUGGCCGCUUCAUACCACGGUGCUUGCCCACAUGCCACCGAGGAUGGAUCACCUGAGGCCCAGACCUUCGACUUCAAAGUACCUACCGGUAUGCCUGAAGGUGAUGCUAUCUUCGGUUGGGUAUGGCUCAAUCGCGAACACGAGUCAUUCAUGAACUGUGCUAAAGUCCACAUUGGUUCUGGCUCUGGUGCUGGCUCUGGCGAUAGCACCGAGCCCAGCGAGCCAUCUCAGUCUGCAACGCAGCCCGAGCAACCAGCAUACUCCGAGACUGAGCCUGAGGAGACUCCUCAGCCAACUUCCGCACAGCCUGAGGCUCCCGCCGAGGACGAUAAGAGCUCCGAGCAAUCGCCACCCGCUUCGCCUGUCGAGGACAGCCCGGCUGUCGUCGUUACCACUGUCGUAGCUACUACUAUCUACGAGCAGUACCAGCCUACACAGACAGCGACCAACGACUCUGAAGCUUCCGAAGAGACUGAUGACUCAAGUGACGGCCACUGGUGGAACCGUCCUCACCAGAAGGUUAAGGCAGGCACUCGUCGUUAUGCAGUUGACGGCUCUCGCUGUGAGUGCCGUCGUGACGAGCUUACCCUUGCGGCUCGCUGCUCCUGCGAUUCUACCAACAAGGCUGUCGAGCGCAAGGCUCUUCGUAUGCACCGCCGCACCUUCUACAAGCGUGUUGAUGCGUGUGAUUGGAACUCGGCCCCCAGAAUGGAGGUCUCGUACUUCACUGAGGAUGCCAACUGCGCCCCCAAUGCUAAGGCUCACAUGCCUGAGAGCGACACUUUUGAGUUGGGCUGGGAUGUCAACUGUGGUGUCGUUGAUGGCCAGAGUGAGUAUGAGAUCAAGACCAUGAGCUGUGACAUGUAUGGUUAG